ACUUGCACCUAUUGCUUUGCCACUGACACCUGCACAUCGGGAACUCCGCGAAUCAUAGCGGUGGCGCGGUUACAUCUGGACCAGAAACGCAGCAACUCGCGUGGGAUAGAUUGUUGGCAACUCCAGCCUUUUCUUAUCGCCUUGCCUGCCGUGCCGGCCGACCUGUCUUAAAACCCGGCUCGUAGCCGCUGCUACUCUUGACGGCAUCAGCGGACGACCGUAAGUUACGCGUAGCGCGUUGUCGGCUGCAAGCUCUACUCCACUAGAUCUCAGUAGGAUGAAGUUGGUCAGGGUGCUCUCGUCCAACAGGCGCUCAGCAUUUACCUAUUUCAUGAUAGAGGCGAAACAAUCCUUGGCUUUCCUAUCGAAACAGCCUUCUACCGCGUACAGAAACUGCGGCUCGCCACGAGCACUCAUCAUUGCUUCUUCAUGCCAGCAUUCCCGCACCUGAUAGGCCGCGAAGCUUCUCAUUCCCGCACCUAAAAGGCCGCGAAUCUUCUCAUCCACCUGUUGGCCGCUACUAAGCUUCUUCGUGCCAGCAUUCCCGCACCCGAUAGGGCGCGAAGAUUAGGGACUACCUAGGCUGGGGAACAACGGAACUUCAAGGGUUGUAGGACUGACCUCCUAGCCUCCGUUUUUUCGCGCAAGAUGCAUCCUAGUGGUUGAUGAGCCCCAAACCGCUCGUCUCAUAAUAGUAGGUGAUUAAAGCGUGGACUAAAAAAAUGCCCUACAAUUGACCUAGCAUCCGUUGAUUCGCGAAAGAUGCAUCCUAGUGUUUGAGCAGCCCCAAACCGCUGAUCUCCUAACAAGUAGCUGCUGAAUCUCCUGGACUAAUGGAAAAGCCGCUGGGUUCUGGCGCUAGCCAAAGCGGCCAUGUCGUUCGGUGGUUGUCUGUGCGAUGGCUGCCGCGGUUACCACGAUACCUUUCGCGAGUGGCGUUCGUGGUAUUCGUCCUCUUCGCAUAUGCGAGCACAAGUACCCGUAACUGGCCGAUCUCAGCAGAAGCACCUUCCUCUGUUGAAACCCAUCCCGAAGCUCCCCACGUGCUUCCUAGUCCCAAGGCAAACAGCAGCUACGAUGAGCACCAAAUCCCCAAUACAAGCAGCUGUAACACCACUGGCUUAUAUCGAAUCGGUCUUAUAAGCAAGCGGGCCUCGCAGCUAAUAUGGGGAUUCGUGCAGCGACCUGGAAAGCAGCUGGAACUGGCAUCCUCAGGCUCUGGAAAUUCUCCUGUAGGGGAGGAGGAGGAUAAGGAGGAGGAGGUUAAGGAGGAGGAGGUUAAGGAGGAGGAGGUUAAGGAGGAGGAGGUUAAGGAGGAGGAGGAUAAGGAGGAGGAGGAAGGGCAACAAGGAGGGGAUCAGGUAGGUCUGAGAAGGGAGGUGAAAGCAGAGGUGGAUCUGCCGUUUUCGAGCCUCGAGUUGCUGCUGCCGUCGGCAAGAGCAGCGGGUAUUUACCUCGUGCGCAGACCAGAAGGCGCUGAAGAGGGGGGGGAGGGCGAGGAGCAGUACGAGGAGGGAGACGAGGAGAGGGAGGAGAGGGAGGAUGAAGAGGGGGAGGAUGAAGAGGCGGCGUCGCAGUUGCAGAACGAGGCACUUGCCAUGCGCGACCGUGGCUUUCUGCAGCACCACUCCGAGGAUUUCCACCUCCUGAGCCGCCGCCGCCCUUUCACCCCGCCCGCUCACUCGCAUCCUCCCCAGUCCCGUUCUCCCCGGCGCCGGCUAACCAUCAGCCCUCCUCCCCAGCCCCAUGACUCACGCCGCCAGCUCAUCAUGAGCUGGCUGAAGGACGUGUGGGUGCGCAGUGUGGCGUUCCGCCUCAAUGGCGACCCCCGCGAGGACCGCUUCCUGGUGGGCACGCAGGCGGACCAGGGCUACCGCUGGCGCUGGACGGACGGGGUGGUCGGGGACAGCUGGAGGAGCCCUUUCGUGCACAAUCUUACCCUGGAUAUGGACGCUCUAGCUUCGUGUGCCAAGGUGCUUCCCCCCGAGACGUUCGACCAGCCCACGCGCAUCCUGGACACCACUCCUGUCUCCGGCGACCAGCUCAGGGCAGUCUCCUCUCCACUCUUCGACCCCCAGCCGCUGCCUGCAUACGCUGCAGACGACCAACAGCAAGGGAGAGAGGAGCAGGGGGGGCAGGGUGAGCAGGGGGAGCACCACGCGCAGCAGCAGUCGUCAGCUGAAGCUGCUCUUGCUGCCGUAGCAGCAUCGAUGCAUCCCCCCCACGCUGCUCACUCCUCUUCAGAUGGCGACAAGCAGCAGCAGGACCAGCAGCAGCAGCAGCAGGAGCGGUACCUAGUGUGGUUCCCCCGAUUCGGCUUAGGCAACUCGCUGCGGGGAUUCUGCUCGGCAUAUGUCUACGCACUCCUCUCAGGGCGACGACUGCUGCGGUGGCACGGCGGCAAGCAUAGAGCCGUCCUAGACUAUCUCUGCACUGCAUUCGACUGUAGCGGCGUUGCCCCACUGGUCAAUUUUACAGAUGAUAUCCGCCACGUCAGCGAGCCGCUGGAGCUGCAUGCCCCACGGCAGGAGUUUCUUUCUGCCCUGCAGAGCGGGCUGCCCGUGGUGCACGUGAACACGGGCAGCUUCUUCGAUAAUUUCUGGCAUAAGAACGGGCGGCUGGCCCCGUGCGUGCAGCGCGCCUUUCACUGCCAUAACAUAUGGUGUGUCAGGAGCCAUGCCAUACAUGCUCUAUUGGGUCACGGGCCUGUGCCUGAGUUACAGGAGGUGAUUGAGGAGAUAGUCAGGCGGAAGAGGUGGGGGGAGGGGGGAGGAAACGGGGGAGGAGGGAAUGGGGGAGGAGGGAACGAGAAAGGAGGAAAGGAGGAUGGUGGAAAAGGAAACAGGGGAGUGAGUGAGAGUGAGGAUGAGAUGGGGAGAAGAGAUAUGGGGGGUGGGGGGGGAAGGCGUAGGCUGGUUGGGAGGAGGGGAGGAUUAGAGGAGGUGAGAGUGGAGGAGGAGAGGAAAGAGGCACGUCAGGUGAAUGAGAACGGCCACGUCCGUGGUGAGUCUAUUUUUGAGGCGCCUCAGAAAGAGAGCGGCCACGUCCGUGGUGGGGAUGAUUCCGAUCCUGCCGCGGCAGGAUGGGCUUCUUCUCAUCCUGAUGCUGCUAUGGAAGCCGCAGCUGUUGCUUCCGAUUCUGCCUCUCCUGCCAGUUCACGCCAGGCACUGCCUGCCGCAGCAGCAACUGCAACAGCUGCAACGGCAACAGCGGAGACAGAAUCAACAGAAUCAACAGAAUCAAUAGUAAGAGUGGCAACAGCAGCAACAGCAGCAACCAAUGGCACGGACAGCCCCCUGAACAAAGCAUGGCAGCUGAUUUUCAAGUCGACGCAAAUAUCACCCGCAGCAACAGGAGCAACAGCAGGUGCAGCAGGCGCAGCCACAGAUGGCAUGGGCAGCCCACUCAGCAAGGCGCGGCAGCUGGAGGAGUAUGGGGCUGCUGAGGGCAGUGAAACGGAGGAUAGAGGGGGUGUGGCUGAGGAGGGUGGUUCAGCUUAUAAAGGGGAUGGUGGGGAUGGUGGGGAUGGUGGGGAUGGUGGGGAUGGUGAGGACGGUCAGAAACAGGGGCGGGCGAGAGUGAAGCGAGGGACUGGAUUGCGCCUGCAGUUCGACGUGGCGAUUCAGAUCCGCACAGCAACCAACUUGGUGGAGCAUCCGACCUGCCACGAGGCUGACAAGGAGUGUCAGCACGAGCUGCAGCAGCUGAGAGCAGCGGAAGCAGCCCACAUGCAGCAGUUCCUCACGCCUGACAAGUGGGCCUGCAUCGCCCGCCUCCUCCUCUUCCUCCGCACAAGCAAAUCCGGCAUCAAGCUGCCCCAACCCUCCAAGGAAAACCCCGACCCCCUAGUUUCCCUUUUGGGGUCUCUAGCUGGUAAGAGCUUAGUGAAGGAAGAGGGUGGUCGAUUUCCCAGGAACGCCCGUGUUGCUGGAGGUGGUGAUCUUGAGGCUGGCUUGGAGGGAAUCGACAGCGCAGUUUUGUCCUCUUUAAAACCCCUUUCCGUCUUUUUGGCAACGGACAACGAGAACCUGCGGCCGCAGUUUGUGGAUAAGAUAGGGCCGGUGGCCGGGGACGUCUUUUUCUCCACAGGGGCCGUCACUCACACGUCAAAAAGCGGCGGUGCCGCCCGUGCUGCUGCUGCCAUGUCCGAAGGAGCAGAGCCAUCAGAUGGUAAAUUCGAAGGAGCUGGAGAGGGGUUGAGUGGUUUGGACCCGUUGGAGAGACAGAAGCUGCUAGACGAGAGGCUCCAGGAGCAUCCCUCUUCGACGAUGGCCGAGUUUUUCCUCCUGAGUCGGGCCCGAGUGCUUGUGAGCUUCAACAAGUAUGUGAGCACGUUUGCCAUGUUUGCCUCUAUGCUUGGGAACGGGACUCUGCUUGCGCUUCAAACGAGACCACCCACUGCUAGUCCUGGGGGAGGGUGCCAUUUCCAGGUGGAGCAUCUGGGUGGUGAGGGGGGUGGGAAGACUGCAACUUCCGGACGAUGAUAAGUAUUUAUACUGUCAUUUAGUUUAA